AUGUCCCAGACAACCGACUUCCAGACGUUCCCCGACAAGCCCAGAGUCUUCGUCCUCACAGAUAUCUCCAACGAACCCGACGACGCCGAGUCUCUCGUCCGCUACCUCCUCUACUCCAACCAGUUCCAGACCGAAGGCCUCGUCGCCGUUUCGUCGACAUGGAUGAAGAACAAGGUCUGCCCGCAGGACAUCCACAAGAUCCUCGACGCCUACGCCGGGGCCGUCGACAAUCUCAACAAACACACACAUCCCGAAUUCCCAUACCCGUCAGCCGAUAGUCUGCGAGCGCUGGUCAAGUCGGGCCCACCAGUGUACGGCUUUGCCGGCGUCGGCGCCGACAAGCCCUUGACCGACGGCGCACAACUGCUCCUCGAGAGGGUCGAGGCCCCCUCGCCAGAACCCCUCUGGGUCCUCGUCUGGGGCGGCACCAACGUCCUCGCCCAGGUCCUCCUGACCAUCCGCGACAAGCACUCGGCCGAGGAAGCGGCCAGGCUGCGCGCGAAGCUGCGAGUCUACACCAUCUCCGACCAGGACGACACCUCGGCCUGGAUCCGCACCCAGUUCCCCGACGUCUUCUACAUCUCCUCCAUCCACGGCUGGAACCAGUACGGCCUCGCCGCCUGGACCGGCAUCUCCGGCGACAAGUACUACGGCUUCGACCAGGGCGGGCCCGACUUCUCAAAGGUCUCGAAGCCGUGGAUCAAGGAGAACAUCCAGAUCGGGCCCCUGGGCUCGGCGUACCCCGACUUCCUCUUCAUUCCCGAGGGCGACACGCCGACGUUCCUCUACCUCAUCCAGAACGGCCUCGGCGACCGCGAGCACCCCGAAUACGGCUCGUGGGGCGGUCGCUACGCCUUGACGGACGCCAGCGACGCCGGGCAGCGGGGGAGGCACUACAGCGACAUGUCGGACUCGGUCGUCGGCGUCGACGGCAAGACGUACCGCUCCAACCAGGCCUCCAUCUGGAGGUGGCGCGAUACCUUCCAGAACGACUUCGCCGCCCGCAUACAGUGGUCUCUCAACCCCGACGUCGCCUCCACGAACCACCACCCGAUCGUCAUCGUCAACGGCUCCCGGACGCUGGCGCCGCUGCACUUCGAGGCCGAGGCCGGAUCGACCAUCGAGCUGGACGCGUCGCAGACGUACGACCCGGACGGCGACGACCUGGUAUUCAAGUGGUGGCAGUACCGCGAGCCCAGCGCCACGCAGUGGCUGGUGCACUUUGAGGUCUCGGAGCUCGGCAUCGAGAAGCUCGACGCCCAGGGGAGGAAGAUCCGGGUCACGGUGCCGGAGCCGGAGAAGUCGUGCAUGGACCUGAUCAGCCGGCAGCCCCUGGCCAGGGGCCAGCUGCUGCACCUCAUCUUGGAGGUGACGGACAGCGGCACGCCCGCUUUGACGAGCUAUCGCCGGGUGUUGAUCCAGGCUACGAAUAAGGACCUGAGAGGCGGGAAGCCGCUGAAGGAAGGGGAGGAGUUGAAUGCCAUCGGCGACGCCAUGAAGGACUACACUGGCUGA